GCUUCCAUCCCCACUUCGUUCCUCCCAUCCAAUCCUCCACUGUCUCUCUCUCUCUCUCUUCUGGACUUCCUCUCUCUCUAGGGUUUCUCCGAGCUUCCAUGGCCGAGGUCGACGAUCCCGACGAUCGCUGCGGCCACGCCACGGAAGAUGAGGGCGCCGUUACCGCCGCCAAAGUGCUCAUGAGUUUCAAAAACGGCAGGUUGCCGCUGGCGGCGCCCCCGCCGCCGCUGUACUGGGGAUCUAAGGGGAAGAGGUCCCGGACGAUAGCGAUGGCGGGGAUACUGGAGGCCAGGAGGGAGGAGGAGGAGGAGGAGCUGGCGGCGGCCAAGGUGAACGGGAAGAUGAGGGCCAGCCCGCCGUCGCCUCUCGACUAUCGUGGCGGAUCUGGCACGUCGACGAGUGGCGGCGAGAACGGGCCGAGCUCGCCGGAGGAGGUACCGGCGGUGAAGCGGCCGAGGCUCGGCGAGCCCCUCGCCGUGCGCGGUGACAGUCCUCGUCCAACGAAGGUGGUUUGGAGCGAGCGGUCGCCGCUGGUUUCGAGCGUUCCGGCACGGAAAUCCAUCAAACCUUCGGGCAAGAAAAAGAGUGGGCCUUUUGGGUUGGGUGAGCAGGCGAUCCCGGAGCUCCAGGCUAUGGAGAAAGCACUGCUUGAAGAGAGAGAAAAGCUCCAAAAGGAGGUGGAAGAGCAGCGGAAGGAUCACGAGGCGCUUUUGGAUCAGAACCGGAGGCUGAAGCUGAGCUUGGAGUUGCUGCAGAUGAAGCGUACGGUUUCUAUGGUGCCCAUAGAAACGAAGCAGCCUGAAUCAUCCAACCAUAUUGCCCUGUCUUCUCCUGUACAGGAUCACGGAGAUUUCGUCCUACCUGAUCUCAAUGAACCCGUGCUGGAUUUAUAGAGGCGGGGCUUUGCUGACUCAUUUGACAACCCCAACUGUACAUAAAAAAGAGCUCGGUAGAGGUCAUUAAAAACUGUGGAGGUUUGACAGCUGAUAGAGAGGGCACAGGCAGUAGAAUUAGCACCUCAAAAGAAGUACCAGAGAGGAAGCAUAUUUGUUUUGUUGGUUAUUUAAUGCCCCCAUGUUUCUGCAGCUAUUUCACAAAUUUAUUCGUUUGAGACAUGUAAUUAUUUUAUCAGUCUAGUCGAAGUAAUCUUGUGAAAACAAUGAAUUGAUUUUUUUCUGAAUCAUAAGGUUUUUGGUAUGCAAGGAAUGAUCCGUUCUUCUGUUCU